GGAAAUAUAAAGUUCAUUUCGCGCUUUGUUCGCAUGCGGUAUACCUUUGCUUUCAUCCAAAAAAGAAGAUAUUCUAGCGUUUAAAAUGAUGUAAUGAAAGAUAUAGCUGAAAAUGAUAUAUAAAGAUUGAUCAGUGAUGGACCAGCGUGUUUAUUUGCGAUUGGAGAAUGGGGAAAUUGUUGCCAUUGAGGGAGGUGAAGGUCAUGGCUCAUCAUAUGUAAUCCAGAAUGGCGAUUCAGAUGAGAUAUCUAGCUCUGUACAGGGAACCACCUCACAAAGUACAUCCUAUGUUAUAGGUGGCAAUGGUCUUCAAAAUAGAACCAGUUCAGUUGAAAAUGAAUCAAGUCAAGAAGGAUAUGGUGAAGAAACAGAAACACUGGGAAAUAUUGCUAUUGAAAACAGUGGCUCAGAAAAUAUUGUCUACAUUGUGCAGCACGAGGGAGGUAAAACUGAUGGCAUUCAGUAUGCUGUUGUUGAAGGAGCAGGCUCCAUAGAUACUUCUUAUGCUAUCCAAACAGUUGAUCCCAACAAGGCAGAUGCUGGUGAUAACAAGUCAAUUCAAUACACUGAUAUCACCAAUGUACAGGACCUUAGUGGUAUAGAGACAUUAUCAAGAGUGGCAUCUCAGGAAUAUGCUGGUUCCAUUGCUUUAAGUGUAACAAGUGGAACCAGGCAGCCAAAUGGUGGAGACAAUCCUGUAGAUGUUGUUUUACAGGACAAAACUGAGAGAAACAAUGAUGAGAAUAUAAGACUGUCUUUCUAUUGCCAACACUGUGCUGAGACAUUUGAAGACUUGACAAACUUUAGAUUACAUCUUAAGACUGAGCAUGAUAUUGCAGAGUUUGAAGGGGGUUCUGAUGUUGAAAAUGAAUUUACUCUCUUCUCUACAUGCGAAGUCUGUUCACAAACAUUUCUAGAUGUGAAAGAAUUAGAAGAACACAAAAAGAUACAUGACAAAGACAUUGACUCUGUUUCAGACACUUUGGUUGAGUUAAAUCAAGACAGUAAAGCAAAUAAUGUGGUGAAUAAAGGGAAUUUUAAAUGUAGACACUGUGAUAAAAUCUUUGAUAGCAAAAGUAUGUUACUAGACCAUGUUGCAUUAGAGCAUCCUGAUAAAAUAGUGCAAGAGCAAAGUAAAUCUAGUUCCUUUACAAAAUGUCCAUACUGCCAUAAGAUGUAUGUACUUAGGGGAAGUAACAAAGCUAUGAUUAAACAUAUUUAUGCAGCUCAUCCAGGUAGGAGUGUGGAAGUUAUGUCAACACUAGCCGACAAAGAUGAUGAAUUUGAAGAGCAGGUUAAAUGUCCUUCGUGUGAUUUAGGUUUUUAUUGGCAAAAAAGUUUAAUACGUCAUAUCAAAGAUCAGCAUCCUAAGUUACUUGAAGAGAAUGGCAAUGAUAUAUUUGCUGUACUUGGUAUAAAAGAUUUAAAGACACCGAAAAGACGGUAUAGACGUUCAUUGAAGGACGACAAUGAAGAGGCUGAAGUACAUUGUACAGAAUGUCCGAAAAAGUUUUUAUGGGAAAAAAGUUUAAGGAAACAUAUGAUGGUCUGUCAUAAUGAGUCUUCUUCACGAAAUAGAAAAGGAACCUUAGUUUAUACCUGCCCUUAUUGUUCUUUGAUCUCUAAAUAUGCAUGUGCUGUUAGAAAACAUAUAGAGAGAAAACAUCCAGAGGAGGUGAAAGGUUUAGAUGUUUCAAAGUUGCAAGUGCCAACAGUGGAAGCUGAUGCUGCUACAGGUCUGGAAUUGAAAACUGUGGAUAAGAGACCAGCUGAGGUUAGACUGAAUUACAGACGGCCCAUAUUCAGGUGUCCGUUUUGCUCGUAUGCUUCCAACCAGAGCUCCAACUUAAUUCGACACUUAACAUCAGUAAAACAUGGAAAUAUAUUCAGUUUUGAAGAACUGAAAGCAAUUAAAAUCAGAUCUUUCAAGGUUAGAAAAAUAAAGGUGAAUGAUGAAGAGGAUGAUGAUGAGGAAGAAAAUCUUGAUGGUACAGUUCAGAAACGGUUACCUAAACUAAAGCUGUCAGCUAACAUAUUUAACAUUGUAAUGAAAAAGAUUGAAGUAUUGAAAGAGCAGAAUUUGGGGAUUGUAGAUAAUUUAUUUGAAAAAAAGUCAAGUGAUGAUGAAUUUAGUGACAUGGACAUUGAUAAUAUCAUUGAUGUUGCUGAGGAUGAAUCAGAGGAAAGUUUUGAUGAAGAGGAGGUCAAAUCAAAGGAAACACGGAGGAAGAGCAACACAAGGAGGGCAAAAUUAGCUAGUAAAAGUGUUGGUGAAAAGUUAAAGAGAGAUAAAGAGAAUGAUUCAGAAGUUCAUGAACAAAUGGAGAUUUCAGAUGAUGAAGAAUCAGUGAACACAAAUGACGUGCAAAAUGCAAAUGCGACAGGUAACGAUGAUGUACAGCAAAUUGAAGAAAACUCAAAAAAGAAAAGUGACUUUUCUGCUGAUAAUGAAAUGGAAGAAAAUACUAGAAUUGAAAAUGAUUCAGAAGUUGAGAAAGAUAUAAGCUAUAAUGAUGAUGGUGAUGAUAAUAAUGAAGGUGAUGCUAAAACUAGUCAAAGACAUAUGUCAAGUGUAACAGCUAAUAAAAAUAAAGGACUGUCUGGUAGUAACGUUAUUGAAAUCACUCAAGAAAGUCAUAGGAAGAAACCGAAUUUGAAAAAGGCGCUAGUCUGUGAUGUUUGUCAGAAAGAGUUUGGGAAUUUUUUUGAGUUUAAGGAACAUUUGCCUUCUCAUGUAAAUAUAAAAGUUAUACUCAGGUGCACAGAAUGUGAUCAUGAAUUUUCUCUCCUAAAAGAUGUGAAAAGUCAUAUGAGAAAAGAACAUUAUCAGGUUGUUACUGAUGUGGACAUUUCAAGUGUACAGACUAGUAGCAUACUGAUGAAUGGAAAACCUGUUACAACAUACGACUGCCCAUACUGUGAAAUGUUGUUUUCACAGUCUGCUUCUCUUCAGCAGCACAUUAUAAUGGACCAUACUGACGGUAUUAAAACAGCAUGUAUCAAACAGGAACAUGAUGAGGAAAUGAGACAUAAGCACAAUGAAACAGUUGUACUGGCUUUCAACUGCCAAUUUUGUGAAUGCUUUUUCCAUAACAUACAGGACAUUGUAAAGCACAUGUACAUUGUACACAAGGAUGUCAGUAGGUCAAGUGUGAGUAUGGAUUCUGCUGUUAGAAAGUCUGGGAGAAAAAGGAGGGUACCAAAGUGGCUUGAAGAAGCAAGUGAUGGUUUAAGUCCUGCAAAGAAAACUAAGGAUAAGAAUGAUGGAAAUGAAAAUUUAAUGGUAUUGUCAUCGACAAAAGACACUCCAGUGUCAAGGCCUAGAAGUAAAAUACAAACAAAAUCAAUGGAUGAUAACAAAGUUAAUAAAGAAAAAGUUAAACAGAUUAAAGUGCAUAAAGGAGACCCUGAUAGUUUAGAUAAAAGUAUGAAAGAAAUUAAUUCAGGAAGAUCUAUUAAAACUAAUACUUCAGUUGCCAAAAUUGCCAUUGCAACGUCAAACAAAUUCGAAGCUAUAAGCAAGAAGGUGCCAAAAAGAAGUGAAAAUCAAAUUUCAAAGCUUCCCAAGAACAGAAUAUCAAAGGUUGUUUUAAAUGAUUCAGUUAAAAAACAAGAUGAAGGUGAAAACCAGAACAAAUGCCCACAUUGUGAUUUUGUUGCAAGAAGGUCUUCCGCAUUAGUAUUUCAUAUCAAUAUAAAGCAUGGAAACCUUAACAAGGAAGAUUCUGAAGAAGGGAUAAGAAAGAAACCAAGUGAAAUAGUGGAAAAGUCUCCAAAGAAAUUGUCAGACCCAGAUAUCAUUUCAAGAAGGAAAUCGGAGAUUUUGAUAAAAGGAAUGCAAAAUAACCAAUCUUCUUUAUCAAGUCCAAUAGAAGACAAACUGAAAGAAAGGCAAAAUUGUAAAAAUGCACAAGGAGUUGGACAGAAUGGUGCAAAUAGUAUUACAAAAGUCAAGAAUAUUGAAAUAGUAAAUCCUAGUGAAAUGAUGAAAGACAAAAUAGAUAGCCAAGCAUUAUUGGAUGAAAUUGAAGAAAUUGAAAAUGAAAGGGAUUUUGAUGAUGAUAAUGAUUAUGACUUAGAGUUUGGAGACUCUGAUGAUGAUUAUAAACCAGAGAAGGAUAAUGAUGAUGGUGACAGUGACAGUGAUAUGGAUGAUCUAGAUGAUGAUGUUGAUGAAGGUUAUUCAGUCUCUGAAAGCUUGGAAUGCCCAUACUGUAAAACUGGGCUUUUUGUGAAAUUUAGUGUUCUGCAGUCCCAUGUACAGAAAAGACAUCCAAGUUAUGCAAGUACUUUCAGUAUUGCUGAUGUGAAAUCAAAUGUUGAAAUUGAUGGUACAAUAGGAUCUUCAAAUCUUGUUCACACUUGUAAAUAUUGUAAGAAAAGUUUUGCAAGUAGAUCUCACGUAAGAGCUCAUGUCAGGACUAAACAUAGUAACAAAAUUAGUGAAACUCCUGAAAAACCAGUACUCGAAACUGUAGAUAAAACUGUAGAAUAUUAUAAAUGUAAUUUUUGUAACAUGUUAUCCAAUUACAAAGAAAAUAUACUUUCUCAUAUAAGUAGGGAGCAUGCAUUAGAAAGAGAAGUUCGACUGGAGGAAAUUGUAAAAUUUACAUUUAAAGAUUCAGACACUGUACAGAGCAUGUUUAAAUGUCCACAUUGUAAUUACAAAAGCAGAUGGAAACAGACAAUAUUUAGGCAUAUUAGUAAAGAACAUUCAGAUGUGAAGGAAGGCUCUAUAGAGAUAGUGUGUGAGAAACAAUUAGUGAGGAAUAAGCCUCAGGUUAAAUACCAAUGUGUAUAUUGUAAGUGGCAAUAUGAAAGAAAAAGUGAUGUUCUUACUCAUAUAACAGAGACUCAUUCUGAUCAGCCAGCUGUUGUUGAAGAAGAUAUUCCUAUAAUUCAUAUAGCAGAUGAGGUGAACGAUAACUUCCAAUGCCCCUAUUGUGGGCUUAGAAGUAAAUAUAAAAAAUGCAUAGGUCGACAUAUUAGCAGAGUUCAUAGAAAGGAAGGUGGCGCAACAAAAGACAUAAUUUGCUUGAGUUCUUCGAAGACGAGGAAUACAGUUUUAGAAGGUCUGGUGUAUAUGUGUCCUUAUUGUGAUUUUGAUAGUCGAUGGAAACAGGGUGUUGUUCGUCAUAUGCAGUCUACUCAUACAGAUGUUUUAAACAUGGAUUCUGAAGCAAUUCCAAGUGAAUAUAGGUUAAAAUCUGUAUUGAAUCUUGAUGAAGUUGAAAGUAAUGAGCAUGUAGUUGACACAGAUGCUGAUUAUUUCAAGUGUCCCUAUUGCGAUUCUGUCAGUAAGUCUAAAAAAGGAAUAGUUGAACACACUGCUAAAUACCAUCCAAAGAAACCUAGAAUUGAGCAAAGGCAGGUUGAGAAAGCUGUAUGGGAAGAAAGGGACAUCACAAGCAAAAAUACCCUCUUCAAGUGUCAGGCUUGUGACAGUGGUAGCAAAUGGAAAAAAUCUGUGGUCCUUCAUAUGUUGAAAGAACAUCCUGAAAUUAACAAGUUCCAUGUUGACUUAUGCAAGGCUGAAUUCUCAAAAGAAGGAGAAAACAGUGGUAGCAUGUAUAUAUGUCAGCUUUGUAAUGAGUUAUUUACAAACACAAGAGCAGUUUCUGCCCACUGUAUUCACAUUCAUCCGAAUGAAGUAAAAAUUGUUGUGGAAGCUAUAUCAUCAGCUGAGAAACUUGUCAAUGUUUUCAAAUGCUCGUAUUGUGACCAUACCUCAGGUUGGAGAAAAUCAGUAAUGAAGCACGUAGAAUUACAUCAUCCAGAAAUUACAAACUUCCAAGCCAAAGACGUUGUUUGUGAGGUUAUACAGAAGACCGAACAUGAUGGUACAGGCGGCUUUCAGUGUCCAUUUUGUGAUACUGUAAAUCACUGGAAAAAGAGUAUUGUUCGCCAUAUUAAAACCGUUCAUCCUCAAGAAGACCAGAAUACGCCAAUUCAUUUCAAUCCAUUAGCCUCCAUCAAAGUUGGUGGACGAUCUUCAAGAAAAAGCAGCAAGCAGAUAAAGUGUCGUCGAUGUAAGAUUUCUUGUAGAAGUAUUGAGAAGAUGAAGCGGCACUUUCUGUCACAACACCCAAAGUUGGCAAAGAAUUACCUGAAUAAAGAGAACACUGAGUUCGUAUAUGACUCAUUUGCAGGUAGAAAGCUUGAUUUCAAAUGUAUUCUGUGCAGUGCAAAGUACAUGUGGAAGAAAAGUUUGCUUGUACAUAUGAAAAAUCGUCAUGAAGACAUAUUUCAUGUUUACCAGGCAUUAGACCAUAUAGUGGAGAUAGUGGAGGCAUGCACUGAUGGUUUAGAAUUAAGUAAAGAGCAGACUUCUACAAUUCAGCAAAUUCCUGUGUCCAAAGCCACAGUGGUAUCAAAGAAUGCAGAUUUAGAAAGAAGAUUAAAAUGUGGAAUGUGUCAUAUGACGUUUAAAACACAGUGGGCUAUCAAUGUACACAGGCGACUGAAACAUAAAAAGUGUCCAAAAACUAGGUUUCCAUGUAACAAAUGUAGCUUGUCAUUUCCAACAUUACUGUUACGUUUACAUCACAAGAUCCGAUAUCAUAGGCACUAUGUGCAUAGACUGAUGUUGCAAUGUACUAUUGCUGGAUGUAAUUUCAGUUGCAAGUUCCAUAAGGUACUACAGAAUCACUAUAGCAACAGACACAGUCUAAAGAUACCAAUAUUGGGAAAUACAACUUUCUCAACAUAUGGUGCAGCUGGUUCAGCCAGGUGUGAGAUUUGUUUACGAACAUUUAAGAACAAGGAUAUAUUGAAGCAACAUGUUGACCUACAUAAGAAAUGGCGGCCUGUAAAGUAUCAAUGUGGCACAUGUGGUGAGCAGUUCCAGACUGGGUCACUCAGGGAUGCUCACAUUGAAACGUUCCACUUUGACAAGCUGGAGAUGUGUGAUAUUUGUGGAAAUCUGUACACAAGAGCCAAUUUAAAGAAGCAUAUAAAGAUUCAUGAUGAAGAUCAAUCAGCCUAUGUAACCUGUCAAUAUUGUGAACAAGGUGUGUCUACUAGGAUGUUUAACAGGCAUGUGUUCCAAGGUCAUCAAGAUAUCAUGAACUGUCAGUGUGCUAUUUGUACUUUAGGGCAAGUAAUGCCUGGUGAAAACUGUUACAGAUGCCAAAUUUGUAAGCAAGCAUUUUGUCAAAAACCGAUGGUGUUCAUUCAUGGCAAACUUACCCAUGCAGACGAGACGAAAUCCAAGGUGUUCUCCUGCGAUGCUUGUCCGCAGUACUUCUUAACAAAGCGAUUGAAAGAUAUACAUUGUCAUGAGCAUCACAAAAAGAAAUCUUCUGAUCAAAGUUCUGCACCUUCUGUUAGUCGUAGUACUAGCACUUAUAAUAAUAGUGAUCCUUCGACACACGUGAUUCACAUUGGUCAAGAUGAGGGAAAACAGUAUUUGCCAAGGUUGAGUGAUGCUAGUUUGAAUGCUGUCAUUAAAGAAUUACUUGUCUUUGAAAAGGGUGCGGAGAAUCCAUACAAAUGUUUGCUUUGUGGCCGAAGCUUCUCGAGAGCAAAAUAUAUCAAGCUGCACAUUAGGCGUGCCCACGUUCGUGAUGAAGAUCAACCAUAUAGAUGUAAAGUGUGUGGUUCUGGUUUUGUAAGGCUAACUGAGUUUAGAAAGCACUCUCGGUCACAUUCUGACUUUCGUCCGUAUAAAUGUCGAUAUUGUGAUAAAGCGUUCAAGCAGCAAGCUAACCUUAGAGAUCAUUAUCGUGUACAUACAAAUUCCAAAGAGUUUAAAUGUCUUUUUUGCAACUCCGAAUUCAAACAGCGUGGUGGCCUUACAUCCCAUGUGGUGUUUCACGAUACCCUUAAACCAUUUAAAUGUAUGUAUUGUCAGAAAGGCUUCACUACACGUGGUGAACUGUCAAGACACAUGCAAAAGUACAACAAAGACCAAAUGGAUGUGGCAGAAAAGAGUUACCCAUGCCAUAUUUGUGAAGAAACUUUCCCUCAUUAUCCAAUGCUGUUGAAACAUAUUGAUACUCAUAAUCCUGAAAAACCAUUUCAGUGCAAAACUUGCAAAGAAAAGUUUGCCAAUUUUGUUGCCAUGUAUUUCCACAAAGUCAAAGAAGAGCAUUUGUUGCCUGAAGAAAUUCAAGAGGGAGUGAACGAUCUAAAUAAACGAGGAAGAAAAUUUAGAGUAAAGAAAAAUUCUAUUAAGUCUUCUGGUCCAGAAAUAGUUUACAAAACAAAUCAGCCAACUACUGAAACUAUUUAUGUUAAUCAGCCAGAAGCAUAUUCAGAGGGGGAAGCUAGUGUGAAACCAGUGGAGGUGAUAAUUGAAAACUUUGACCAAGAGCAAGUUGUUCGUGUGCAAGAAAACGAGCCAGAGCAUGAAGAACUGCUAUCAAUUGCUAAACAACUAACAGAGCUGUCUGGUUUUGCCGAGUCAGAGUAUUACACCACUAAGAAAAAUUUUCACCAAGAAGAAGAUGAAAUAAUAAAGACUAUGCUUGAUGCAGAUGAUGAAGUGUUAGCUAAUUUGAGUAAACAGAGUAUUGUCAUAAAAGAACCUGUAAAUGGUAGAGAAAAAAUGGGUCAAAUGAGAGAAGUUAGUGAACAAAGAGAUUCUGACGAUGAAGAUUAUGAUUGCAUGCCAGAGAUUGAGAAUGAUUCUUCAACAGCAAUAACUAAUGAAGAAGCUCAAUAUGUAAUGCAUGACAAUCAGACCAUUAGUCUAGCCGGUAGAUCAAUUCCAACCAACAUGGAAGAGCUUGUUUCUCUAGUUUCUCAAAAUGCUUCAGGUGAUAACAAUGAACAGGUAAUGGCAUAUCAAAGCGAGGAUGGUUCAGUUAUUUAUGUUUGUCUACCUGAUGAUCAAAGUAUAAAAACUGAAGAGGUUGUUGCUGAAGGAACAGUUGAUGAGCUAAAUAAUGGUACUAAUAAUUCUGUAACAGUCAUUCAAGAUUCUAUAAGUAUAGGGUUGAACAUGGAAUCUAAUGAAACGAAUGGGACUCUGUAUGAAGGAACAAGUGAAAAAGCUCUAACAGGAACUCAAAUUGUUGUUGAUUCCACUAUAGCAGAGGGUAUAAAACAUGCAGCUGAAACAGAUACAGGUAGUAUAAUACAUAUACCUGCUGUUGAGGAACAAAUUGGAACAAACCAUUUACCUGAGACUGAACUUGCUACUGAACAGAUAAAUCAAGCAGAUGAAACAGCUGAAGUUGAACAUUUAGCAUCAAAUGAAAUUCAGAUGACAAGUUUUGUCACAAGUAAUCAAAGCAUUCAUGUUACAAAUGAUCAACAAAUUUUUGUAACAAACCCUUUGGGAAGCACAUCUGUUGAAAACAUACAAAAUCCAGAUUUUUCAUUAGCAGAAUCUAAUUUUGGAAAUUCUGUUAUCACAAUUCAUCCUCAAGAUGCCCUAAGUGAAGAAACUCAGGAAAGUCAAGAAGAUUUGAUCAGAAGAAGUCAAUUAGCCAAGCACCUGACAGGUAAUAUAGAGCCUAUGAAUGAAACAUCAAGGGAUGAAGCUCGUGUGUAUACAACUGAACAUGGACUUCAAAGUAUAGGCAAUGAAGAUAAUCUUGUGGCUCAUACAAUGACACAAGAAGUUAAUAUUCGUGAAGAUAUUAUAACCAUUCCUGCUACUGCUCCUAUGGUAGAUUAUAGUGAAACAAACAUAGUGAGGAGUCAGGUAGCUGUUAGUGAUGCUUCAAACUUCGAGCAUGGUCAAGACAGCAGAUCUGCUGAUGGAUUUGUUGAAGGGGAAGAAACUCUUGUUGAAUAUCAAAUUGAUGAGUCACGUUUCAUUAAAGAAGAGCUUCUUGAUGCGAAUUAUGCAGAAAUGAAGGAAAAGGACCAGGAAAUCAUGUUCUUUUCAGAUAACAUAUAUACCUACAGCCAGCAGGAGAAAAAAUUCAUUUGCCUUCAUUGCGGAGUAAAAAUUGGAUCAUUUAAGAAUUUGAAGAAUCAUAUACGAAGACAUGCACCAAUGAGUGCUAGAAUACAUAAUUGUAACUAUUGCCCGAAAAGGUUUGUGACAAAAAACGAGUUAAAGAGGCAUUUGUAUACUCACACAGGUGAAAGGAAUCAUGAAUGUAAAGUAUGUGGUAAGAAGUUUAUUCAGCCAGGACAUCUUCAAGAACAUAUGCGUUUACAUACUGGUGACAAACCUUUCAAGUGUACCAGUUGCUCAGCAGCAUUCGUCACUAAAACACAGUUAGUGCUGCAUUGGAGCAGACUUCAUUCUGACAAUGAAAUUCCUUGUGACAAAUGCGACAAAGUGUUUAAGACGCAUGUUGAUCUACGUAGACAUAAAGGAUUAGAACACACUGGAAUGAAGCUUCGUUCACCAGUUGUGAAAGAUGAAGGGGGUGACCAUAUAUGUGACAUAUGCGGACAGUCAUUUAGUAAAAAGGCCAGUUUGAAACGGCAUCUUGAGAAGCAUAAUUUGGAAAGUAUGGAUGAGUCUGAAAGAGUUGAAGAACGGUAUGAAUGUCCUGAAUGUGGUGUACAAUUCAAGUCCAAAUAUUACGUAAAAGAACAUAUAAAAGUGGUACACACUAAAGAGAGAAAUGAAAUUUGUGAGUUAUGUGGUGAAGGUUUUAAAACGAAAACUCUUCUACGACGGCAUAAAGAAAACAAACAUGUUGAUGCUGAUGGGAAUGAAAAAUGGUUUUGUAAAAUUUGUAAUAAAUCUCUUGGAUCAAAAUAUGCAUAUGGGUACCACAUGGGUGCUAAACAUUUAAAAAAAAAAAAGAGACGGAAAAGACAUUGCUGCUGGGAAAAAAGAAAGAAAAUAAAACAACAAGUUACCAAGAUGUGCCUUAAAGUGAAAAACAAGUACACAUAUUUAAGCAUGUGUUCUUCCUGUAAUGCAGUUUCGAAAUUCUCUUCCAUAGUGAAGAAACAUUUACUAAAACAGCAUAAAAAAUUGCCAGAAACUUCAGUAAUUCCCAUUAGAAUUGAGAACAAGUUCGAGAGAAAAGUUAACAAGACACUUGAUACAGCAAAUGCGAAAGAAAGUUUUAUGAAAAAGAAGAGGAAUCCUUUAGUUGAACUUAAGAAAAAUUAUUCCAAAAAAGGUACCAGAAGAAAUAUUGAAAGUAGAGGAAAAGUAAAUAAAAGAGAAAUUAGUAGAUGUAGCAAAGACACUGUAAAAUGUGCAGGUUGUGAUGAAAUGUUCAAUGACUGCAUAAAGUAUAUAUACCAUUUAGUCACUACACAUAGCAACUAUAAUAUCAAAGUUAGUUUUAAAUGUGUAUAUUGUCAUUACACUAUCCAAUAUGUCAAGGAUAUACAAAAACAUUUUGAAAAGAAACAUAACUGUAAUAAAGCACAAUUACCACUCAUUGACUGCAUAAAUAUUGAAAUAGCUCAAGAAGAGGAUCUUCCAAGCCAGAAUCAUUGUCCAUAUUGUGAUUUAGAUUUUGACAAAGUUCAUAACCUUAAUAAUCAUGUAAGAGAUACACAUCAAGACAAUAUUGAGAAUUUGUUAAUUCCAAAACAGGAUCCAGAGGUAGCUGAGAACCAGUCACAACAAGAGAAUGAUCUUCUCAUUGUGUUCCGUUGCCCGUCUUGUCCAGAAUCAUUUCACACUAUGCUAGACAUUUGUGAGCAUAUUAAAGCAAGGCAUGCACCAAAUAUUGCAUAUAGCAAACCAAAGCGAAAGAGGAAACAACCAAAGUGGAUGGAAGAUGAUUUUGAGGAAAUACCUGUCAAAAAACCAAACAACAUCAAUUCUGAUAAAGAUUCUCAAAAGUUACUUGCAUCUGGUAAAAUGGUGAAAAAAUGUACCAAAGGAGUUUCUGAAAGAAAAUGUGCAUAUUGUAAUCAUGUUGCUAAAACUGAAAAGGCCUUGGCAAAGCAUUUUAGUGUGUUUCAUCCAGACCAAAAGUUAAAAGCACCAAGGACAGAUGCAAAAGCAAAAGAAACUCCUGACACAGAACAAGUACUGAUAGAUGAUAAAAACUCAAUAUCAAAAAAUAGCCAUCCUUUAACUGUUGAUAUGUUGACUUUUGACAGAGAUGCUGAAAGCGCAAUAUCUGAAAAUUCAGAUGGUAAGCUAGGUACUAGAAAUAUUGUAGACAUAGAGAAUGGUGUUGAUGACAAGGACAGUGAAAGUUUUGGAGAUUCCGAUGAUGAUUUUGUGCCAGAUAACAGUGAUACAGAUUCUGAGGUAUCAGUUACAGAAGAUGGUAUUGAUACUGAAGAAAGGUUAAGAAAAGUAAAAGGUCGGCAUGUAAAAAGGUCUGUAAAUGAGCAAUAUAAAGGGACAGCAGUCAGUAAAAAAUUCACAGUUAGGUAUGAAUGUCCUUUCUGUGGAUUAAACCUUCACAAUUAUGAAUACAUUAGGUACCAUGUGGUUCAGUGUCAUCCUGAAAUAACAAACUUUAAAGUUAAUACUAAAGAGAUGGUCAAAACAAAAUUGAUUGAUGGAGAUAACUGGGAAUCUUUCAAAUGUCCAAACCCAAAAUGUGAUGUUGCAUACAAAAAGAAACAAUCAUUGAUAGAUCAUAUGGCUACUUGUGAAAGAGGAAAGUUCAGAAAAGAAAAAAUAGUGUGUACCUUGCCGAGAGCCUGGAUGGAAAAAUUUGAGAAGUCAGUAAGUGUGAUAUGUCCAUACUGUCAAUCAGUCAAAAUAGGUAAAACUAAUCUUGAAAAGCAUUUACAGGAGCAUUAUCCAGAUAAAGUAUUUGAAAUUGAACUUAACAACACAUUAUCAUCACAGCAAAUAAAGACAGAUAAAUGGUCAGAGUUAGAAUGUGUGAUGUGUCCGUAUUGUGAUGUUGUCGCGACAAAAAAGAUCCAGUUAAGCAAACAUAUCAAACGAUUCCAUUCCAAUGAAAUAUGCACUAAUGUGGUAUCCUGUAUACUAGUCAACAAAAGUGCCAGCAAAGACAAAGCCAGGUUGAUUAUUAAAGAUAUUGAAAACUUGUCUUUAGCAAGAAAGAAAAAUGAACUUUCAGAAACACCAGAAACUUUGGGUAGAAUAGAAGAAAAUACUGUAGAAAAAAGUAUUGAACAUGCUACUAUGCGUACAAUAGAAAUUGACAAAAAUACUGAAUCUGUUAGUCUAAAUGAAGUGGUUAAUGAUUCAUGUGGAGAACAGUUAGAACAUACCAAUAGUAUACCCUCUGCGAGACACAGAGAUAGUGAAGAACUUCAAGGAGGGAAAGAACUUUAUGAAAUAAUAUUUAUUCAGUCAGCUAUACCAUGUGGAAUGUAUAUAUGUCCAGUUUGUGAAUUUAAAACAGGUAUAAAGAAAGAAAUUAAAUCUCAUAUGAAUGAACAUAAUAGUAAAUGCCAUGGAGAUAUAGACUCCAUUUACACAAUCCCAGAUUCUUGGAUCAGGAUGGACAAGGACGAUAGCCAUCCAUUUCAGUGCCAAUUAUGUGAUCAUAAGGAUGUGAAUCUGACCUUUGCAUUCAGGCAUGUUCUUAACAAUCACAAGGAUAUCACUGUCAAUGAACCACAUUCAAAUCCCCAUAUUUCGGAAUCGCUGUUCGAGAUCCUGAAUGUAGAGGUUGAAGGUGUGAAAGAAAAGUAUGAGAAAGAGAAGUAUCGUUGUACUGCAUGUGUACCUGGACAUAUAUUCAGAUCAAAGAACGGACUUCAGCGCCAUUUGAAAACACGCCAUACAGACAGUGACUCCAUCAUUGCAUAUGAAACCAUGUACAAAAUGUUAGAUCUUAUAUCAGAUUCAUGUAACACUCGUCAAAUAAUUAUUUGUCUAUUGUGCAAGAAGGAAUUAUGGGACUUUUCUGAUCUUGAAAAGCAUUUUAAUCAGAAUCAUCCUGAAAAGCUGAAUGAGUUGUUGUACAAGCUGAACAAAUCAUCAGAUGACACACAUGGUUCGCCGACUGUAUCAUCAACUUGUGAAGUUUGUUGUAAGCAGUUUAUGGAUGAGAAAAGUCUCAAACAUCACCUUAUUCUACAUAUGAACAAAUAUAAACCAACCUGUACUCUCUGUAAUAUAUGCUUCACCAAUCAUCCCGAGCUGGAAUGCCACAACAUGGAGGUCCAUGCUAAAGCAGGCGAGAUGUGCUAUAUAUGCGGUGUUACGUUUUCCAGUGUUGCGAAACUUGAUCGACAUUUAAAAUGGCAUGAGACUGGAGAAUGUUCUUCUAUAAAAGCAUUGUGCCAGUAUUGUGGUACAACUUUAAUGGGCAAAAAUAUGAAAAAACAUCUUGUAGACAAACAUAUUAAUGAGAUCACAUGUGCAUGUAACAUUUGCACAACACAAAAUGUUCCUGAUGGGAAAAGGAGUGUCAAGUGUGACCAGUGCAAGGCAGUUUUCUGUACGUGGUAUGUACUGAGGGCUCAUCAGUAUAAGGAGCAUGAUGUGAGGAAUGGGAAGCCAUUCAAGUGUAGAAGUUGUUAUACAACUUUUCUUAGUAGACGCGAACAGACGCUUCAUUCUCACAAUUGUGGAAAACUUGGUGAUUCAGUGCAGACUAACUUUGAUUUGGUUAACGAGGAUUCUGCUGCUAACUACGGGAAUGUUACUGAGAUCACAGUAUCUGAGCAGGCAAACAUUGAUUUUAAUCUUGGUUUAGCAUAUGUUAAGCAAGAAUACAUCUCUGUGGACAAGCAGUCAGAGCAACCCUAUAGCUGUAAAUUAUGCGGAAAGGGAUUUACAAAAAUGCGUUACAUUUGUAAUCAUUUGAGACGGAUGCAUACGAGAGACGAAACAAAACGAUUUCGGUGUAAAAUUUGUAAGAUGGGAUUCAAUAAUAAACAGGACUUUGGGAAACAUUGUCGCUCUCAUAUAGGUCUGCGGCAGUACCAGUGUAAAGUAUGCCUGAAAAUGUAUAAAACAGCAGCACAUUUAAAGGAACAUUCUGAAAUUCAUACACAGCAGACUUACACUUGUGAGUACUGUGGAUUAGAAUUUAAGCAACGUGGAGCACUAUUAGCUCAUGUUGUUCAUCAUGACAAAGUCAAACCUUUAAAAUGCCUAUAUUGUAAUAAAGGAUACACAACCCAUGGUGAUCUUCAGAGACAUAUGAAUUCUUACUCAAAAUCCGCAAAGGUCUUGGGUGCAAAGCAGCUUACAUUUUGUAACUAUUGCUCAAAAGAUUUUCCAAAUCAUAUUUCUCUUGUCAAACAUUUUCAGAUCCAUCUCCCUGUUAAUCCAUUCCAGUGCUCAGUUUGUCAAAGUAAAUUUGCCACUUUUAGGGAGAUGUAUAAUCAUAAGUCAAGGAAAGAGCAUUUUACAGAUUUGGACAAGGAGGAGGGUAAGCAGGACCUACAUGCACCGGGUAAUAGAUUCCGUAGAUAUCAAGUUUCUAAGUCUAAAAAGGAAAUUUCAAAGACAAAUAAAAUUUCAAUGAUGGAGGAUCCUGUUGGGGAUAAUGCACUCAGCGUUAUAACUGAUGAUGAAAACAUUAUUGAGAUUGAGAUAGGUAGUUCAGUAGCUGAAUGUGAUGACAGGGCAAAAACUGUUAUACAAAUGUUUGAGAAUGAUGUUAUUAAAAGCAUGCUUGAUGCUGAUCCAGAAAUUUUGGAAACUGUUGAAUUUCACGAUACAGACAGUGGUGCUAGGAAAGAUAAGCAAUUGCGGGUUUAUAGUGAUCAAAACAGCAUACCACAGGGAUAUCAGUUUGAAAUGCAAGAAGGAAAUAGCUACCAAACUAACACAAUAGAAAUGCAAGAUAUGUACGUAACUGUUAGACACGAUGCAUACAGUGACAAUAAUAUUACAUCUGCAGAUAAACCGAUUGUCGACAGUCCGGAGAAGCUGGCAAGUAUUCAGCAGCCAGAAACAGUUCCGGGUAAAACGCAAACAUUUCAAUCAUCUGAUGGCUCUAUUAUUCAUGUUUGUGUUAUAAACCCUGACAAAUAAAAAGGUUUCCUUUAAAUUGUAAAAACAAUACAUGUACACUUUUGUCAUUUCCAUUCAAUGAUUAAAUAGCUGUUCAUAUUGUUUUUAUCCUGCAUGUUUGUCUCUCAUCAAACAGCUUUAAUAUUGGUCAUAACUUGUUCUUUCUGUAAGCUAGAAUCUUCAUACUUUUUAAAUCCAUAUAUAAAUACUAUCAUUGACCUCUUAAAGCAGCAUGCCUCCAGAUUCAUGCUUAUUUUCAUGAAAAAUUUUAAAAAGGUAUUUACAAGUAAAAUACAGUGAAAUGAACAAAGAAAGUAUUUAGCCAUUGCAAAUUGCACUUACAAUCCAUGAAAAUUACCUAAAAAGAGGUCAAAAUGUGUAAAAAUAGCCAUUAUUGUGUGUCACACAGUAGAAACAUGUUGAUAAAUUCUCCAAAAUCAGUCAUUAAUCACACAUAACUUGUAAAUUUUUAAUCUUAUAUCUUUUGACUUUUCUUAAAAUCUUAGAACAUUUUUCUCAAGUUUGACUUUCUUGAUAUAUUUUUGGCUCAUCUAGUGUCAUGCAGCUUUAAUGACAUUGAUCUUCAAGGACAAAUUCUCUAGAUUUUUGAGUUUUAUGACUUGUUAAGGGAAUGUUUUAUAAAAAAAAGAAAUAGAGGUAUUGUUACAGUCAUUUAGGCAUUUCCAAUGCGAUUGCAUCCCCAAAUUUUAUCUUGAUCAUAACUUUUAAGUUUUUGGUGUUUUGUCUUCAUACUUGGCCACAACAACCCUUGGGACAAGACUUUUUAGUAGACCAGACUAACCUUCGACCUUAUUCAUAAAUGACUUUGACCUUCAUUAGACAUGUGGAAUGUAAAUAUGACCUUACCCUUUAAAUGACCUUGACAGUCAAAUGAUCAAAUUUUAAUUAUAUUUUCUUAACUUUGUCAUUUAUUUAUGGAAAGGAUUCAUACUUGGACAAAACAAUAAGUGUGACUAUACAGACCUAUUAAAAUUAAGAAAUCAAAAACAUUUUUUUUUUCUUUUUCUUUUUAAAAAAAUUUGUUUAAACUGUUUGAAUAGCGAGUCUAGCGCUGGCCCUGCCUGAUGGUGGCUCUUGUUUUGUUUUACCAACAUAUCUUAUUUUUCUUCUGUUGUGCUAAAGAAGGUCGAAUUUUAGGAUUAUGAACUACAUUGUAAAAUUUUGCCAAUUCUCAGAAUGUCAUUUCAGGAUAUCACAAGUAAAACAAAAACAAAAAUUUGGUUUAUUAUAAAUCAUGCUAUAUCUACAUGUAAAUGAGAAAAUAUUCAUAUUUUCACUUUAUUUAAUUACUUGUGUGUAAUUGUUGUAGUUUCCUUACAUGCCUUAUGUGAAUAAUAUAUAGCAUGUUCACAAGAAGUCACAAAAACAAAUAUUCUCAAGAUUUCAAGAUUUGAUUUAUACAUUAGGCAUAUACAUAUCAAUGUUCAAAAGAAAAGGACAAAUACAAAUAACAUAACAGUCAAUCCAAAAUUCAAAAAUGCAGGACUGCCAACCUACUUUUAUACAUUGUAAUUGUAAUACAAAUUAAAGACUUUUAUUGUUAUUAUGAAUAUUAAUAUCUCUAAAAAAAGUAUUUUUACAAUAUCCAUAAUAGUUUUACAAAAUAAUGCUGAUAAUAUUAUUCAAAUUUUAGAACUCUUACUACAUAUAGCAAUAACAGCAAGGGUAUCAGAGAGUUGGAGUAUUUAAUAUCACAAUGAAAUUAUUUCACAAUGUCCAUAAUAGUAUUGAUAUUAAUACAUGUAAUGGCUAAUUUGGUAAAUUUUGCUUUGUUCUUACAAUUCAUAAGACCAAUUAUACUUAUGAUAUCAAUAUGUGCCGCGUCAUGACAAAACCAACAUAAUGCGUUUGUGACCAGCAUGGAUCCAGACCAGCCUGCGCACCCGCGCAGUCUGAUCAGGAUCCAUGCUGUUUGCUUACAAACCCUACAAGUAGAGAAACUGAUAGCGAACAGCAUGGAUCCUGAUUAGACUGCGCGGAUGUGCAGGCUGGUCUGGAUCAAUGCUGGUCGCAAACCCAUUAUGUUGGUUUUGUCAUGAGGCGGCUCAUAUAUGUUUUACUGUUACAAUUAAAUCAAUGCAUUUAGAAUACAUGUAUAUGGAUAGUAUUUAAAUGGACCAUAUAUGAUUUACUGUUUAUUGCUAUUGUUUGAAAAGAGUUACUCUGUUUUAUCUUGUUCAAUUUAACUUUGAUACAGAAUAAAGAUUUCUCUAUUUAUUUCAUAGCAUGUUAAUUGUUGGAAUAAAUAGUUUAAAAAGUUGUAAAAUUUAUUAUUAUUAUUACU